AUGGAGUACGGGUACCUGAGCGGCGCCGGCGGCGGGUUCGAGGGUGGCUGCCUGUCGGGCGGCGGCGAGCUGUCGUGGGGCGAGCUGGCGUCGUGCGGGCAGAUGUCCCAGGCGGCGUACCGGUACCAGGGCAUGCGGUACCAGCCGCCGCCGCCGCAGUGCGCGCGCCCGCAGGACGCCGCCAUGCGCAACCACCACAUCUUCCCGCCGGCCAUGAACCUGCAACCCGGUCUACCGUACAAGGUAUACGGAGGUCACGAGGGUUCGCUGACGGAGAAGCGGAAACAGCGGCGCAUCCGCACCACCUUCACGUCGGCACAGCUCAAGGAGCUGGAGCGGGCAUUCCAGGAGACACACUACCCCGACAUAUACACGAGAGAGGAGAUCGCUAUGAAGAUAGACCUCACUGAAGCGAGGGUACAGGUAUGGUUCCAAAACCGGCGAGCGAAGUUCCGCAAGCAGGAGCGGCUGGCGCAGCAGAAGGCGGGUGAGGCGGGGGUGAAGGCGGAGGGGAAGCGUGACAAGGGGGGUUCUCCCGCCGCCUCGCCCCACCCCCCGCCCGGACAGACGCACCACUCGCUACCACACCUCUCCCCGCCGGACCUCAAGCCGAUCACCUCUGCAGCCAACAAGCUGUGCGAUGAGCUGAACUCCGUGGGGUCCGAGGCGGCGAGCGGCGUGGGCGUGGGCAACAAGUGGGCCGGCGGCUGCGGCCUGCUGCGGCAGCCCUCCGGCUUCCCACUGCUGGGCGUAGCGCCCCCCAACUACCUCCUAUCCGACCACCUCGGGACUCUCGCCAAAACGAACAACCAUCUUUUCUAAUGGUCGCAGCUGUUCUAAUUCUAAACGUGAGCUUAAUGACAAUUAAAUCGGCCGGUCGGGUACGGCGAUGUACCUAGACCGUAAGCUCCAUAGAAUUUGACGGUCCGAGUGUUUACAAACCAGGUGAAAUAAGUGCCAAGUGUCCAUGAUGAACUAGCGUAUGACAUUGUGUUUCUAAUUUAUUGAGCGGUGUAUUUUAAAUUAGAUUUAUUAGUGCUAGGAUAAGUGUAAAUGUUCGGUUCCGGUGUCGUAACGAAUGGUUAUCUACGUGUAAGACAACUUUUGUGAUAAGUACUGUAAAUAUAGCGUCGUAUACGGGGGAUCCGCGACUAACAUAUUUAGCUUUUAAUACCCUUACAUUCCCUAACUGCAGCAAUGUGAUAAGUAGUAGCAAUUUGAAACGUUCUAGUCCAGGAGCCGUAGUCAAUUUGUUUGAUUUUUGUAAUAGUGAUAAUUUGAGGUCAGAGUUUUAUGAUAUUGUUCAAUAGUGUCGUAGCGAACAAUGUUGUAAAUAUGUAAAACAUGUAAAUAUGUAUCAUGCGUUGUAGUGACGUAUUUUGAGUGUAUGUACUGAUAACGAUGAUUUGGAGGGUGUU